CCAAAGCCUGUCAGAGAACCAGGUGAAGAGCUUGCAAACGUAUUUCAGCAUUCGCCACAGAUCCGGUGGCGGAGAAUGUGGAUCACUGAGGAGGGUGAAUGAUAAAACCUACAGCAUUGCAUUCAGACAUCGAGGAGGAGGAGUAAUGCGGAUUCCAUCCUGGCUGUGGAACAGUGGAGCAGCUCUUUACCCUUGCGAGGCUGCUGGAGGGGUCGUGGGAGUUUGCCCAUCCACUCUACAUGUGUUUGUGGACUUGGAGAAGGCUUAUGACCGAGUCCCUCGGGAAAUCCUGUGAGAGGUAUUGCAGGACAAUGGGGUACCGGGCUUACUGCUAUGACCUAUCCAGUCCCUAUAUGACCAGAGUGAGAGGUGUGUCGGUAUACUCUGUGUAAAGCCAAAUACAUUCUCAGGUGAGUAUUAGCCUCAGCCGGGAUUGUCCCUUGUCUCCUCAAAAUUGUAUCUCUGCUUUUUGCAGUCAGGAUCAGAGUCAGCACCUCCAAAUCUGAGGCCAUUGUUCUCUGCUGGAAACUGGUGGAUUGUCCCCUCCGGGUUGGGACGGGAAGGGGUCAGUUGAGGUGGUUCAGGCAUCUGAUGAGGAUGCCUCCUGGGUGCCUUCCAUUGGAGGUGUUCUGGGUACAUCCCUCUGGUAGGAGGCCCCAGGGCAUACCCAGGACACGCUGGAGGGAUUACAUGUCUAAUCUGGCCUGGAAAGGGUUGCCGGGGAGAGGGACAUCUGGGGUGCUUUGCUUGGCCUGCUGCCCCCGUGACACGGCCCUAGAUGGAUGGAAUAACUAAUGUCCUAUUUUCUGUCUUAGAUCAGCAGGCGGUCCUGCAGAGAUCUAAGCAUGUUAUGGAUGAUCUGGUGUUUACUGUCCGAGGCAGCCUGGAACCUCACGCCUCGUCUCCAUUGCUGGAUCGUAUAGUAUUACAGGGCCCACAGUCCAUGCCUGCCCCAUCACCUCCAGACUGGAUGGAGUGGGCAGGGGCCAUGCGGGUAGUGGGUGACCAGCUUCUUCAAGAGAUGUUUACCAGAAACACUGUACCAAGAUUUCUGGGGUUCCUGAUGGGUGCUGUUGCAGAAGACAGUGCAAGAGGAGCCACUGCUGAAUCUUCUGGAAAUGGCGCCAGUGUAGAGAUCAUUAAGGGAACCACCGAGACCCAGCAGGACUCCAGUGAUUGGACCAAACUUAAACCUGUCAUCAAUACAGUGGAUGAGGCUCAAAUCUAUAGCCUCCAGUCUGAUGCAGGUCGCUUUGAAUGCAGUGUGUCUGCCCUGCGCUGGGUUUGUAAAGAAAAGGUCAGCUUCAAAUACCAGUUCUGCUCAUGGGAGGAACUCGGGGAGAGGCCUUCAUGCAUGGAUUAUAUGCCAGCAGGACCCCUACUGGACAUCACAGUCACAGCUGGGAAGUUGGAGGAGGUGCAUCUGCCACACUGGGUCUGUGUAGAUGAAAACUCUACAAUGUCAGACAUGUUUGUAGUUCUGCAUGUGGAGACCUGUGGAGAUGUUUUGGAACAAGUGUCUGAAGUGACAUCGUCCCACGUCAAGUUAGUCCAGCCAACUUUCUCACCAGUUGGUGUAAUGAUCUUGAAGAAACUGGGCAUUCCAUUUCACUUUGACACGUUGGUGUACAAGACAAACAAAGAAUUCCUCACACUGGAUGUUUACCUGGUGCCACCUGAUCCAUCCCUACAGCAGGUUGUGGAAAAAUUGCAAAACUCUUGUAGAUCCACAAGAAUCCUAAAACCAGGCCCAGACAAGUCCAUGCAGUUGGGAAACAAUUUCUCUCUCAAAACAGAUUUGGUGGAUGCAAAGAUUCAACCCAGCGUGCGAGAGCUCAGACAUGGUAGUAGUAAUGUAUUUGAGGUGUUUGUCAGAAAUGCAGACAGCGACUUCACCCUCAGGCUUGAAAGUAAGGAAGACAUUUUCUGGACCUGUACCAUCCAUAAAGGAGACUACCAAAGUCAGAGCACUGAUCACAAACAAGUUCAGCAUUUUGUGGAUCGCCAUCGGACAGCUCUGAUCGAGAGAGUGUGUGAUACAAAAGCCAUCCUGGAUGAGCUUGUGGAUAGAGGGUUGAUCUCAGAUGAGAGCUAUGAUGCUGUGAGAGCUCUAAAAACCACACGAGACCAGAUGAGGGAGAUUCACAGGUUUGUGACUGCAGCUGGCACCGAAGGCAGAGACGAACUUUAUGAAAUCCUGAAAGGGAUGAAGAGUAUGAGGCCUCUCGUUUCUGAGCUUGAGGGUCGGGAUGAAGGAGCAAAAUGUAAACGUAAAGAGAAGCUGUAGCUUUGACAACUCAGAUUAAGGAGGGUGAACAUGAGAUGUGUCUGUACAGUAUAUUGUGACAUUUUUUUACUCGAAAGAUUUCAAUAAAAGUUUUAUUUCUUCAAUAAUAAAUUAACUCAAA